AUGCAGGCGCCCCGGGGAUCAACGCUCUCAUUGUGGCGGUAUUAAGGCAGUGACAGCGAAAAUUAGGCUCCGGAUUCCUUUGAUAUUUUUGUAUGCACAAAAAGCGCGGAGGGCGGGCGGCGCGGCUCGCUACAACGCCGUAUAUAUAGACGGGACGGCUGCGCGGCGCCCAGUCGUUUGCCGUCGCUCGCCAGUGCCCCAUAUCGGAGCUUGCGCUUUGACAGAUUUCUAGCAUUUCUAUUACAUUUUCACAAUUAUCUCUUGAAAAGACUGAACUGAUGAACAUUGUGUAGGUCGGGAUAAAUUGGUGUGUUUUGUGGAUCGGUUGAGACUGUUUGCUGUGAUUCGCCGGUGCUUUACCCGACCUGUAGCUGCCCAGGGUGUCUGCCAUUGUUCACGCCGCCAGCUACUCGAAAAUAUUAAGAAUGAAGGACGAACGUGCGAGUCCGCCGCGGGUGCGCGUCGCAGUUCUCGGCAGCUCACGAGUGGGAAAGUCAGCUCUUAUUGUAAGAUACCUAACAAGGCGAUACAUCGGAGAAUAUCACUCAAAUACAGAUUUAUUAUACAGGCAGACAGUUCAAAUAAACAGCAGCCCGGUGGAAUUAGAAGUAAUAGAUGUCUCAGGCUCAAACUCGGACAAAUUUCCAGCAGAACAGAUCCAAUGGGCAGACGCAUGCCUGGUCGUGUACUCGGUGACGGACAGGAGCAGCUUCGAGUACGCCACGGAAGUCCUGAAAGCCCUGAGGAGAGCCCCCGCCACCGCGAGCCCGGCGCACGGGCCCUCGGGCGCUACCACGCCAAUGCCCCUAGCCCUUUUAGGAAAUAAGACGGACUUGGACCAUUUGAGACAGGUAACUACUCAAGAUGGUCAGACCAUAAGUGCUGCCCAUAACGCAUCGUUUAGCGAGGCGAGCGUGGCCGACAACUCCGGCGACCUGUACCGCUGCGUGGACCGGCUGCUCGCAGAGGUGCGCACGCCUAUACGUACACGCAAAUUCUCCGUCACCAAGAUGCUGGGAUCUCUCAUAGGUGGCGCUACGAACAACAGCCAAGCGAGCCGCAGCGGGUCGAUGGUGGCGUGCCCGCGCGUGCCCACACCGUCGCGGCCGCCGCUGGCCGCCGCGGCGCCCUGACCGCCCGCCGCGCCCGCGCACCGCGCGCGUUGAUGCCUCGCCGGCGCGGGCGCCGUAUGGCUGGCCUGCCUGCCCGUGCCCACCCGCUUCGCCGCCGCGCCGCUCUCCGCCACCAUGUGAUUUGCUACUCGUUACCGAACUUCAGUCGGCCUAAAUUUAUAUACAUUUUAAUGAACUGGAUAUAAUAUACCUAUUUGUAAUAGAUCG